CCGGAUUCCCCCCCACCUCCAUCUCCACCCUCGCCUCAUCGCCCCACAACAUGGCGCACCGCCCUCAGCCGUCGGAUGAGGAGCUCCUGGCGGUGCUGGACGGCGUGAGAUUGCGCCACGUGGCGGAGCGCCAGGGGGGCCUAGACGCGCAGGUGGAGUGGGCGAGCGUGCUGUCGCUGGGCGAGCAGCAGCGCCUUGCCUUCGCCCGCCUGCUGCUGUCUCGUCCCGAGCUUGCUCUCAUGGACGAAUCUACCAGCGCAUUGGAUGAGGAGAAUGAGGCGCAUGUGUACGGGCUGGUGGAAGCAGCAGGCGUCACCUUCAUCAGCAUCGGCCACCGCAGCUCCCUGCGCCGCUUCCACUCGCUCCUCCUCACCCUCACACCUUCCGGGAGGGCCGACGCCACCACUGCUAACGUCACUGAUGACGUCAGGGACAGGAGUGAUGGUAUCAGCAGUCGGGGAGAGGGUGUGGAAGGGAACCGGGUGGUGGCACGUGGAACAGGCAGCAUGUGGACACUGGAGAGAAUAGCAGACUAG